UUAAUGGGGCGGGGACCCCUCUCCCGGAGCCAGAGGCAGGGACAAAGGCGGGGAGGGCGAAGGGAGGCGGCGCUGGGGCGGCCGGAGGGCGGCGUGGGGAGCGCAGCGGAGCGGGGCCGGGCGGCGGCACCUUGCAGCGGGCAGGAGUAACCUUGUUCGUCUCCUGUCGAUCUUUGCUUUCCCUCGCCAUCGUCGAGACUGAUGAGAGAUGGAGCCCUAAAACAUCUGCGGUCCUGAAGAUGCUGAUCACACGCAGAUGAGCAGUAGGGAGACUGGGGCCUUGAACACUGCUGACCGAAAAUCCACUUGCUUCACAUAAGUUGAAGAAGAGCCUGGCUCCAUCUUUACGCCCCAUAUCAGUUUCCCGUUGGGAAAGGAGUUGGAUGGAGUUGGAAAGGAGUUGACCCUUAAAACAUAGGAUUCCUCAUUGCAGAGAUCUGGGUGCCUCUUCUCAGGAAAACUCACCUUUUUCAGUAACAGCCUCCACAUCUGAAGAUGUCCAACAAUGGAGUUGAAACAGAAGACAAACCGCCUGCUCCUCCGAUGAGAAACACCAGCACCAUGAUUGGAUCGGGAAGCAAAGACGCAGGGACUUUGAACCAUGGCUCAAAACCUUUGCCUCCCAACCCAGAAGAAAAGAAAAAGAGGGACCGAUUUUACCGAUCUAUUUUACCGGGAGAUAAAACCAAUAAAAAGAAAGAGAAAGAACGGCCAGAGAUCUCCCUCCCGUCCGACUUUGAACACACAAUCCACGUGGGGUUUGAUGCAGUCACGGGGGAAUUCACAGGAAUGCCAGAGCAAUGGGCCCGCUUACUGCAGACUUCCAACAUCACCAAGCUGGAGCAGAAGAAGAACCCCCAGGCAGUGCUGGACGUGCUGGAGUUUUACAACUCCAAGAAGACCUCUAGCAGCCAGAAGUACAUGAGUUUCACAGAUAAAUUGGCGGAGGAUUACAAUUCAUCAAAUACACUGAAUGUGAAAGCCGUGUCUGAGACCCCUGCAGUGCCCUCGGUGUCUGAAGACGAAGAUGAUGAAGAUGAUGCAGCUCCACCCCCUGUGAUAGCUCCAAGACCUGAACACACAAAAUCUAUAUACACCCGCUCUGUGAUAGACCCUCUUCCUCCUCCUACCAGAGAUGUGGCCACUUCUCCUCUUCCUUCUCCCUCGGAAAACAACACAACGGCACCUGACUUGCUGGUCAGGAACACAGAGAAGCAGAAGAAAAAGCCAAAAAUGUCAGAUGAAGAGAUUCUGGAAAAAUUAAGAAGUAUCGUGAGUGUGGGUGAUCCAAAAAAGAAGUACACACGCUUUGAGAAGAUCGGGCAAGGAGCCUCAGGUACAGUUUACACAGCAAUGGAUGUAGCUACAGGACAGGAGGUUGCAAUCAAACAGAUGAAUUUGCAGCAGCAGCCCAAAAAAGAACUGAUUAUCAAUGAAAUCCUGGUAAUGAGGGAAAACAAAAACCCCAACAUCGUCAACUACUUGGACAGCUACCUUGUAGGAGAAGAGCUCUGGGUCGUCAUGGAGUACUUGGCAGGAGGCUCCCUAACAGAUGUUGUGACAGAGACCUGCAUGGACGAAGGACAAAUCGCAGCUGUGUGCCGAGAGUGUCUCCAGGCUCUGGAAUUCCUCCACUCGAACCAAGUUAUUCACAGAGACAUCAAGAGUGACAACAUCCUGCUGGGAAUGGACGGCUCUGUCAAACUAACUGACUUUGGCUUCUGUGCCCAGAUCACUCCCGAGCAGAGCAAGCGCAGCACCAUGGUGGGGACCCCGUACUGGAUGGCACCUGAAGUGGUGACACGGAAAGCCUACGGGCCCAAAGUGGAUAUCUGGUCGCUGGGGAUAAUGGCCAUCGAGAUGAUCGAAGGAGAACCCCCCUACCUCAACGAGAACCCCCUGAGAGCCCUGUAUCUCAUUGCUACGAACGGGACUCCUGAACUGCAGAACCCAGAAAAGCUUUCACCCAUAUUCCGAGACUUCUUAAAUCGCUGUCUUGAAAUGGACGUGGAAAAAAGAGGUUCUGCAAAAGAGCUGCUACAGCACCAGUUCCUGAAGAUUGCAAAGCCUCUUUCUAGUCUCACUCCUCUGAUUAUUGCUGCUAAAGAAGCAGCAAAGAACAACCAUUAAAGUGGGAGAGUCAGCACGGCCGUCGUGUCAAGCCUUCUAGACGUUCCUUUCAGAAACCGAAUUACCUGUCCCUGUCCCCUCCUGCUCCUCCUUCACAGGGGUGUUCUUAAACUUUGAUCUGCCUGGAAGGGUAGCAGAUGUAUUGUUUGCUGAGCGUGGGAGGGCAUCCAACAGGAAAGUUGCUGAUCGUAAAGAUGGAACUGUCUUUCCAUCCUCUUUGAUGGGCACGGUAGGGGAAGGGUGUAUUUUAUGGCUGGGAAGAUCUUCUGAGAACAUCUGAACCUGACCUACACGUAGCAAAGCCAGUUUGUUCUCGUAUUUCUUACCGUGUUUAUUUUUAAAGAUAAUGUGGACCAUGUUUAUCUUAAUAAAUUAAAUCUUUUGCCUGCUGGACUCUUCCUGCUUCUGCCAAGCUGCUCUUACAGCACGGAGGCUGCUCUCUGCUUUGGAUGACUCGAGGAGGGAAGGAAGCAGGCAGCAGCAAUCGGAACAGCUAAAACAAGUGGAAGGGGAACAAGGGCAGCACCAUGCAGCCCUCCUGCAGCACCGCUGGAUGCUUCGAGGGAGCAAGGAGAAAGCCUGUGUGUGCUUCUUGCAGCUGUUGGACAACUCGUGAUCUUUUUGCCAAAUUGUGUGAAUCGAGGUCCUUCCCUGCACACUUUAGUUUCAACUCAAGUAAUUAAACAGCUUUCAAAUAGUUCUGAUAUUCUAGAAAAAUCACAGGAAAAAUCAACUGGGAUUUCUUUUCGGGUUAUUUUAUUAGUGCUAUCAGGUUUCGUGGAGACCUGCCCUGUAAGAUAAAGCAAACAGAACAAUUACUAUUAUAAAGAUAAGAUUUGCCUGCAGGAUGAUGAAAACUCUUGCUUCUUAGACCAAGGCCAACAGAAAACAAACUGAUGAUGGACAGUGCUUUUUUGGAAGCAUAGGGGCAUUCAUUUUUCGUUGAAAUGAGCGAGUGAACUGGUAUCUUUAUGCUACUGACUCCUGUGGUUGCUAAUGAUAUGUAAAACAACAGCAAUCCUGGAACUACUAGAGAGAUCGGUUGUAAACACUGGCGUUACGUUACUGUAUCCUGAUUUUUAAUAAAACGACUGCUGCAUUUCUUAACUCGGGGCUGAGGGAGGGGUGGAGAAUUCCCUGUCACCAGACAAUUCUGUCGGAUGGGAUUGGUUUUCAUGCUAUUGUCACUGGGUGGUUACAAGUGAUGGAUUAAGUGAUACAAGCUCCUGUAGUCCUGUGGGAUAGUGAAAGGCUCUGAAGAGGAGUAACUACACACAGAGGGAAUGGAUAAAAGAUCUUGCUUUCUCUUUACAUAUCACUUUGGUCAUUUCCAGGGUGAGUUUAAUCCAGAUCUGGAGUAACCUCUCCUCUCUCCCCAAAGCACUUGUGUUGCACAGAAACUCAUUCCUGCUUCUUGCUGAGACCUGCUGCUGGACCAGUCCUUUCCUCCCUGCCCUGGGCUUGUGAUGCAAAUAUAUAUAUACAUAUACAUAUAUAUUUUCUUUUUUUUUUCCUCUCACUCUAUGAUACAUGACAACCCUUACACUGGUUUUACAAGCAUAGAUAAAGCCUUUAAGGUCCCUUGCUUUUUUUUUGGAAGGCCACUGACCUUGAAUAAUGCCCUUGAAUAAUUCUCUUUGGUGAGGAGUUUGGUUUUAUUUUCUACGGAAGUCUCAAAAUGCCAUGUUUGGGGUGGGUGGGAAGGAAUGAUGGGCUAGAUCUCACUUGAUCUAAAAUCUAAGGUGGCUCUGGUCUUAUUGACCCACCAAUUGCCUUUUUUUGACAGCACAGGAUUAAACCUGAUCCAUGAAUGUAUUGAAUGUUGCCAACUUCCCUUUGCCUUCCCUUCCCACUCCAUCCUUGGCACCCCUUUGAGAUGAGAGUGGUAAUGCAGAUGUGCCCUACCCGUGAGCACAUCCAUGGGCUUAUUUUUCUGCGGGAGGAAAAAUGGUAAAAAGGGUUAUUUGUAUUUGAGUUAAUUUCUUGGAUUCCCUGUUGCCCAAUGGAAAGGAAUCUGCAUGAAUGGCUUUUUCUCCCCGUUCCUAAGCUCAUGAUGUGCUUCUGUCUCAUUGACUUCAACUGUGAAUUGGUCCUUACUGGUUUGGUAAGGACUGAAAGCUACGCACUGGGAAGCUGAAAGACAGUGACUGUAGACCUGUCAUCCUCUCCUGUUUUUAUUUUCCCCACCUGUGAUGUGAAAGAAGUUGACUUGCUACUGUGUGCCUAGCCCCAGUUCCAAGUUAAGAGACGCAUCAUGUUUUCAUGGUCUCAGAAAUCUUAAAUAAAUAGAUAAAUAAAUAAAAAAUGUAGUUAGUUUAUGA